GACUACCUUGUUAUGGUUCAAGGCAUAACGAACACCUUCCGGGAUCUUCCUGAGGACAUCUUCAAUUAACGAUGGAAUUAAGAAAUCAAAUCUUACUGAAGGAAUAAUAUGAAACAAGCUGAUCGUAUGAUAAGAGUGACAAUCCUACCUUCUCUGCAAGCAAAAACUCUUCUGCCGACAAAAAAUGGUUACUAGUCCCCGAAUCGAUUCGUUCGACUAUAGAACCGAGCUUUUAUCACCUCCCCCACCUGGCGAGAAUGCUUCGGUCACAAGCGUGCCAUCAUGGCGUCUUAAUAUGGAUAAAUUUCAGCUGCCGGAGAGGCGUGCAGAUUCCGAUGUUGGCUUAGGAAGUUUUUUUAAGACAAUCAGGAGACAGAGGAAAAUUGCAGAAUACUACAGGAAGCAGGAAGAGCUUCUCGAGGGGUUCAAUGAAGUGGACACAUUCACCGAGUUGGGUAUUUCCCCCGAGGGCUUGACUGAGAAUGAAAUGAAGCAGCUAGCAAAGAGGGAGAAGAUAGCAAUAUAUGCAUCCAAUGUGGCAAACUUGGUGCUUUUCGUGGCAAAAGUUUAUGCUUCGGUUCAGAGUAGAUCAAUGGCUGUCAUAGCAUCAACCUUGGACUCUCUUUUGGAUCUCUUGUCAGGUUUCAUUCUAUGGUUUACUGAUCAUGCUAUGAAGAAACAGAAUCAGUACCAGUAUCCCAUUGGCAAGCAGAGGAUGCAACCUGUGGGGAUAGUAGUUUUUGCAUCAGUAAUGGCAACUCUUGGGCUACAAAUAUUGUUUGAAUCAGGAAGAGAACUUAUUACAAAGGCUCAACCAGACAGGGAUCCUACCAAACUAAAAUGGAUGGUUGGUAUCAUGGUUUCAGCUACAAUAGUAAAAUUUGUACUCAUGGUAUACUGUCGCAGAUUCAAAAAUGAAAUUGUCAGGGCAUAUGCUCAAGAUCAUUUAUUCGAUGUCAUUACUAAUUGUACUGGUCUAGCCUCAGCUGUAUUGGCUAUCAGAUUCUUCUGGUGGCUCGAUCCUAUCGGAGCUGUACUUAUAGCUCUAUACACAAUAAGCAAUUGGGCAGGUACAGUGAUGGAGAACGUUUGGUCGUUGAUCGGAAGGACAGCCCCACCAGAAUAUUUAGCAAAACUGACGUAUCUAAUCUGGAAUCAUCAUGAAGAGAUUAAGCAAAUCGAUACCGUUAGGGCAUACACAUUUGGUAGUCAUUACUUCGUGGAAGCUGAUAUUGUCCUGCCAGAGGACAUGUCCCUCGGUCACGCGCAUAACAUUGGAGAGACACUUCAAGAGAAGCUUGAACAACUUUCUGAAGUCGAACGAGCUUUCGUUCAUAUCGAUUUCGAAUACACUCAUCAGCCAGAACACAAGCCGAAGCGAGCUAGCUAGAAGGAACAAAAUCAUGGCCAAGAUUGUGGAUCAUUUGAUCUGGUUAAUUGAGUUAAAUGCCCACUUUUAUUGUGAUUAAGUAAACAGAAUGAGCUAGUGGUCAUUACCGGCCUGAUUCCUUUCAGGAGUAACAAUGGAUUUAAGAAUAUUAACAAUAAUAUGAUUUGAGGGCGUUGCCGGAUGGUUAAAGGUAUACUCCCUUUUUAGUCAUGAGGAUUAGUUCAAAUCUCAAAUCAGGUUGUGGGAAAUAAAAUUAUCACAAAUUCCUUGAUUUCUAAUCUUCGCGCUUUUAGAGACGUCCUGCUCUCCCUUUGCCAACCAUCAGGGACAGCAAGAUGAUAAUUUCCGUGAGUAUCAUCAAACUCGUACUGAAUUCCUUC